AUGUCUUCUGAACAAGAGCAAGUUCAAGUUCGCUUCACCACUCAACAACCAGAGUAUGCAGUCAAUGAUGCUGCCAUCUUGCUGCCUUCCAACAUCAAGAAGGAGGGUCUCUCUGAGAUUGUCAACAGUCUAUUAAACAAUGAUAAACCUAUUCCCUUUGAUUUUCUGAUCGAUGGCCAAUUACUUAGGACCAGCAUUGUCGAGUACUUGAAUGCUGCUCAACUCUCUACUGAAAAUCUCGUCACUAUCGAAUAUGUUGAAUCAAUGCUCCCUCCCAUCCCUCUCACUGCCUAUCAACACGACGAUUGGGUCAGUUCAGUCAAAGGCUUCAAUGGAUUAUUCGCUACAGGUUCAUACGACAAUAUGGUCAGAUUAUGGAACACCACCGGCGAAUGUAUCAGCACCUUGAUCGGUCAUAGCGACGCUGUCAAGAGUGUCGCAUUUGGACAAAACAACACACUCUUCUCAGGCUCUCUUGAUCAUACUGUUUUGGGCUGGGAAUACACUGAAGGAGAGGAUUCACAUCGCAUCAUGUAUGAGUGCAAAGGACACAAGGGGCCCGUUGAAUCAGUCGCAGUGGAUUAUACCGGCAAGCAUGUUGCUAGUGCCUCUGCUGAUGGCUUGAUCAAGAUCUGGUCUACUCAAGAACCCACUGAAGAUGAGCCAACUGAAGAAGUUUCACACAAAAAGAGAAAGAAGAAUAGCGAGAAAUCAGACAGAAAGAUCAAGACAAAGGCCGUGUCUUUGGAGGGACAUGUGGGCGGCGUCAAUGCUGUUGAUUUUGAUGGAGCAGAUGCUAAUAUUGUAUAUACCGGUGGCUGGGAUCACUCUAUUCGUUCUUGGGAUGUUGAACAACAAGUGAACUUGACUACAAAGAACUGCGAAAAGGUCGUUCUUGAUGUCGAUUACUCUAAGCAUUCUAAAUUACUUGCUACUGGUCAUUCGGAUAACACAGUUAGAUUAUGGGAUCCCAGAUCAGAAGAUGGCACAAAUGUAAAGAUGAGUCUUCGUGGACAUACUGCUUGGGUAUCAUCUGUUUCUUGGUCAAGAACAUCUGAAUACGCAUUAUGUACAGGUUCAUAUGAUUCCACCGUCCGUGUUUGGGAUAUCCGUAGUAGAGAGCCUUUGUAUACUGUUGACAACGAAGGAGACGAAAAGACAAAGGACAAGGUUUUGAGCGUCUUUUGGGAUGAUAACAAGAUUCUUAGCGGUGGUGAAGACAAGAAAUUAAGAAUAUAUCAAGCAAAGGUUUAG